UGAUCAGAGUAGACGCCGGGUAGAAAAUCUUAAGAAGCAACUACAAAAACCUUUGGUUUGUCAUCAGAAGGUAAUACACACAUUGAAAUGCCUGCUAGAAGAACAGAUAAAGAUUUUACACGAAGACCACCAAGAAAUUGGACAUACGUGGAGAAAACUCGGUGAUGCUCAUACGUUGUAUAAAAGUUAUGAACAUGCUAGCAUAUGUUACAGAAAGGCUGUAGAUUUCUACAGGAUGACAUUUGGACCUGAGCAUGAACAAUUGCUCAGGGUCGAGGUGAAACUUUCUGAAACCUUAUGGAAAGCAGGAAGAUAUAACGAAGCUCUGCGAAAGCUUCAGGAACUUGAGGUUCAAGUGAAACAGCUGCAUGGAGAGCACCACCGCCAUCUAGGGAAGAUUCUAUAUGAUCAAGGAGAGAUUUUGAGGCACAUGGGGAAGUCUCGGGAAUCUUUGGAGUUUUUCAGCAAAGCGAUGAAUAUAUUUCAAGAAAAUUACGGUGUUGAUGAUAUGAAGACUUUGAAUACGAAGAUACAGAUUAAUAAAAUGUUGAAAGGGACAAGAAGAGUAACAAGAGAAAUUCAACCACAGUUCCGUUACGAAAAAGAUGUGAUGAUGAUGGCGAAGGGAGGUCCACGUAGUUCCACAACAUAUUCAACAGAAGAUUCGUGCAGUUCAAGUGAGUUGUCUGAUAUAGAAACCAACACGCCAGAAGACGUAAGACCAUUCUUAAAGAGGAAACUUUCAAGUUCUUCGCCAUCUUCGAAAGCUUGCUUUCUAAAACCUGCAAAGUUUACCCACACACUGAAAAAUAUCGAGCGAUUAAAAGAGCCAAAACUACGAACUCAGGUAAUGGACGAUGGGUCUCGUCCAGCAUCUACAACAAACUUAUGUGUUCCAACAUAG